UUUAUCAACUUUUUGGCACCAUUGUGCUCCACCAAUCGAACCUGACGACGGACAGAUACGGGGGGCUGUUGGUGCGCCGUAAAAUGGUCCUCCAUCGUGUGAAAUUCGCGCCACCACUACCGUACAUUUAAACAACCAAACCAAUUCGCUGCAAGACUCACUUCUGUAGAUACCUGAAUGGGUUUCGAGACAUAGUUGCCUUUAGGCAUUCGAAGAUGCUACGAUCAAAGUCGAUUCUUCUAGUGGUGGUUCUUGCGGUGGUAGUUUUGUGCAAUUCUUUCGUCACAUCCGUUCGCGUGUUCGAUCGACUCAAGAGCCGCGUCGAUCUGAGAGUUGUUCGGCGGAAUCAUUUGCGUGCAUUGCGUGAGUUGGCUGUAAAUGGUUUCACACCCACGUUCAGACUGCAGGACACCGUCGAUGGUAACGAACUUUUCCAAUUGGGCGGUACGAACAAUGCCACCAGUACGAAUCAAAUCCAUAGCGAGACAGCGGAACAGGCAAGUGAGGACUUUGCCCAAAUGGAGAUAAGUGAAAGUGAUCUGGCAGAGGCCGCCGUGGGACAGGAGCGAACACCUAUUAUAAGCUCGAUCUUCGAACAACAUGUGAUUUUUCGGUUCUACCAUGGGAACAAUUUGACCAAAACUACCACCCUGAGAAAUACGCCACUUCUGUCCAAUACUGAAUGUUCUGUAUCGAGCAAAUUCGCCAUAAUCGUACACGGUUGGCAUGAAAACUGCUACGAAACCUUCUGGGUGAAAGACCUUCAACGCAAUUUGGACACAUACCGAGGAGGAUGCGUCAUCUGCAUGGACUACUCUACAUUCUCGAGCAAUGGCUACCCUUAUUUGUUCCGAAGGUUUGACGAAAUAAGCUCAGUUCUGCUUAAAUUCGUACGAAUACUACAGUACGAAGGAGUCCAGUUCGACAAACUGUUCAUGUUCGGCUUUAGCUUCGGAGGUCAACUGGUGCUGGACGUGGGCAAUCAGGUCGGCUUCAAUGCCAUCGAAGCUAUCGAUACCUGCGACAUGGCUGGCGUCGGUUUCGACCAGGAUCGAUUCUUCAAGGGAAUCCACUUCCGGAAUGCCGCAAAGAAUGUACAAUGUAUUCAUACCAGCAUCGACAAAGGUACGAAAUUGAUGAACAAAUGCCAUCAGGACUGGCGAAUGGGUCAGUGUGGCUUCAGGCAGCCAGCUUCAGGGAAACCACCAUUAGGUUCUCACGGAUUGUGUCCAGUGUUCUAUAAUUUGGCAUUUGAAACGAAUUUCUUCGCUGAAUCGAGGCCACUUGACUGCAUUAUGCUGAGAGAUCCUGUAGCAGAGUACCCAAGUGGAUUCAAGAUGGGCUACAUAGAACACCGAAAAGACCAAGUCCGAGGAGAACUAUACGCCCAGACAUCAGAAGCUUUUCCAUAUGCGAUACCCCGUAACCCUUGACGUACAAACAUCUUCAGUUGAAUAAACCCAGUGACUGACUAUAUACACAAAUUUUAUACACAAAUGAUAAAACUUAUUACCUGUUUCCUUUGUACCAGUUUCUACCAUUAAUUUAUUAUUUACCUUUUAAAAAUAAACGACGAACAGGGAACUACCCCGCUGCCAAUAAAAAUCAGUCCACCUCAUGUAUGUAUGUUUCGCUCAACGAUAGGAUGAUAGCCAUGCCCAAGUAUGGGAACAACAACGCCCACAACACCCCCUUGUUUUAUGUGAUCACGCAUUGUCUGCCAAAUAAACCCCCUUCGUCGUUGAACGUUGUCCGAAAUCGAUUCUCCGAAAUUUAUGGCCAUUGACUAUCGUAAUAAAAAGGAAAUUUGUUGCGUAUUACAACAAUAAAACGGAAAGAACGUCCCUCUCGGUUUUGAGUCACUCAUUUCGGUGGAAGUUUGAUCAAUAUAACAAAAUUAGGAACUUUCAUUACUGUUGAUGGAUGGAUGAUGGAGGUGGUAAGUCACAACUUCUACCAUGAAGCGUGUGCCAAAAAUGAAAUUAAUAAGUCUGUUUCCGGUGGGUGACCUUCGCUCGAAGUUCGGCAACAUAUUUGCAUUUCAUAUCAUGCCGAGGAAAGUGGAUCGCA